UCUGACGUCAAUUUAUGUUAACUCGUAUUGUAUUUAUACCCAACUGAAAGGGCCGCGAGACAAGCGUUUGGGCAGCUCCCUGUUUAUGAAAGACAAUUCUAAAAUGAGGCUUAAACCAAACAGGGAUGUUGUUUUACUUUUCUGUCUUGGCUUUCUUUGUUUCAGCCAAAUAUGCUGUGUAAGCCUCGAAAUCAUGCGAAGACAAGAGAGACACCGAGAGGGAAAAAACGAUGAUGUUCGAGUGGGUACCAUUAUGUUCGGCAGAGAUAUUCCUGAUUUUGGCCCAGUGAAAAAUGAGGAUGGCUUUACCAUUCAAGCCGACGCUGCUGGGCUGGUUGGAGGACAAGGUGUCAUUAAUGACUCCAGUUCUUCUAAGGCAGCCUGGGCUAGUAUGCGACCAAUUGUGUUAUGUACUGAGGACCUCAUGAAGUUCUCGGCACAAGGCCCAGGAUCCUCUUCACUUCAGCUAGACAGAGCAGGAGGAACACCGCUUAAGCUAAACCAGCUGCCGCAGGACUGUGGCUACUCUGUGUACAGGAAUGUACUGGGCCUUGUGUUUCUCAUCCCCUAUGAUGGUUGUGAUGUUAUAAAUCAGGGUGGCAACCAUUUGCUCCAGAUGUUAUGGCAAGGCAAUCCAGUAACCCUUUCUUGCCCUAUGUCAACCCAAGCCUCUCAAUCUCCUAUGGAUCCACAACUUAUCUAUCCACCCGCUCCCACUACUGAAGCUCCAACUACUACAGAAGCAACUUCAUCCACUGCCUCUAAGCUUCCCCCACAAGAUCAGCAGCAGCAGCAGCAGCAGCAACAGUUGAUGCAGCAGCAGCAACAGUUGAUGCAGCAGCAGCAGCAGCAACAGUUGAUGCAGCAGCAACAGUUGAAGAAGCAGCAGCAGCAAGAAUUGAUGCGCUCUUACCUUCCCCCACAAGAUCAUCAUCAGCAGCAGCAGCAGCAGCAACAGUUGAUGCAGCAGCAGCAGCAGCAGCAACAGCAGCAGCAGCAACAGUUGAUGCAACAGUUGAAGCAGCAGCAGCAGCAGCAAGAAUUGAUGGACUAUUACUUCAUGUACCCAGGAUACAGAAACCCUUUCAUGCCAGUAAAGGCUCCCCCUCAAACUACUGAAGCUCCAACUACUCAGCAACAGUUGAUGCAGCAGCAACAGCAGCAGCAGCAACAGUUGAUGCAACAGUUGAAGCAGCAGCAGCAGCAGCAGCAGCAGCAGCAGCAAGAAUUGAUGGACUAUUACUUCAUGUACCCAGGAUACAGAAACCCUUUCAUGCCAGUAAAGGCUCCCCCUCAAACUACUGAAGCUCCAACUACUACAGAAGCAACUUCAUCCACUACAGAAGCAACUUCAUCCACUGCCUCUAAGCUUCCCCCACAAGAGCAGCAGCAGCAGCAGCAGCAACAGCAGCAGCAGUUGAUGCAGCAACAGCAGCAGUUGAUGCAGCAGCAGCAGCAGCAGCAGCAGUUGAUGCAGCAGCAACAGUUGAAGCAUCAGCAGCAGCAGCAAGAAUUGAUGCACUCUUACUUCAUGUACCCAGGAUACAGAAACCCUUUCAUGCCAGUGAAGGCUCCCUACCAAACUACUGCAGCGCCAACUACUGAAGCUCCAACUACUACAGAAGCAACUUCAUUCACUACAGAAGCAACUUCAUUCACUACAGAAGCAACUUCA